AUGAACACUCGCUUCUUCCAAUACACAGUGAUGGACCACAAAUCUAACUCAAAUACUAUGGAUGGGGGUCGCUUGAGGUGCGACGUCUGUUCCUGCACGUUUCGCCGCAGCGACCAUCUCAAACGCCAUUCACGCAUCCACAACCCUCCCAGGCCACAUAAGUGCCAGUUCUGUGGUUCCACCUAUACCCGAGGGGAUGUCCUUCGGCGACACUGGACCACAUGUGCCAAACGCCGAGAAUCCGGACAGGCAGUUCCCCAAGCAGAGGCUGGUGGGAAGCAGAAACAUGCUUGCGACGCGUGUGCCCGAUUGAAGAAGGCUUGUAAUGGGCAGCGGCCGUGCGGCGAGUGUGAGUCUCGUGGCAAACCGUGCUCGUACCAACGUUUGCAGGGGGAUGAGCAGCCUUCAAGCAAACGCAGAAGGACGACUGUCGGUUUGGAUGAUCGCCAGGACUGGGGGACGCAGGGCUUUGGGUAUCAAACGCUACUUCCACCGAAGCUGACUUAUGAGGAUUAUCGCGCACGCAUUGGCAAGAUAUUGCCGGGUAUUGGUUGCUAA